UAAGCCACAUGCUCCGAGGGAGCUCUUUAUAAGGCCAAGUGGGAGGCGAGCGGCGCUGGAAACCAAGAGGCAGGAGCAGCAGCAGCAGGAGGAGGAGGAGCAGCGGCGCCCAGUGGAAGUGGCCCAGCUCGCCUUUCGCUUGGCUACCAAAGCCACUCAGGGGAAGAAGUUCAGACACAUCGCCGCUCCGUGCAAACGCGGGAUCCAGAGACUCUUCGGAGAAAGCCUGCAAGAGUAUAGGAAAACAUGAUUUCCCAAAUCCACAUGGCCUUGAUCCUCCUUAUAGCCUACAACAUCCAUGAAACUGAACAGAACAAAGAGGGUUGUCAACGGCUCAUCACUGGAUCACACCUACAAAACAUCUCAGAUAUGAUUGACAGUCAGAUGGAGACCUCCUGCAACCGAACUGUCAUCUAUGUAGACAGGAGUGAACUGGACACUACAGAAUGCUUUCUCAAAGCAGCAUAUUCUCCAUUGUUAAACAUCCUUGAUAAAAUUAAGUUCAAGGACAAUUCUGCAAACUUCAAUAAGCUACAAAAAAUUAAAGAUCUGCACCUGGAUCUUGGAAGUUGCUUAGAUGACUCUCCUGAUCACCAGACAUGCACCAAGGAGUUCUCCCUGACACCGGAGAAGAUGUUGCAAAAGGUGCUCGACUAUUUCAGUGAAGCUAAGCAUUUUUUGUCCAAACCAGUCUUCCCUCAUGACUGUUCUAGUGCCUUCAAGAAGUGUUCAGACUCUCAGGAAAAGAAGAGAAUGAAAUCUACAGGUGUGGUGACUGACCAGGAUGGUGUGCGCCCAGAUGCGAACCUGAUGAAUGGGGGAGGCUCAGCUUUUCUCCUUCCAGCCUUUGAACACUCUUCUUCCAUUGCAGACCAUCUAGACAGCAAGGAGACAGCUGACAGCACUCUCCAGGUUUUCAUACUGCCUGACACCACACAGACCCAAAGAGUGGCAGAGGGUGGUACUAAGGCCAGGGUGCUUAGGAGCACUCGGGGCCAGGGAGCUGCAGAAAGCAUGGAUUUCCAUGCUGGCAAUGGUGCUGUCAUAUCGGCAGAAGAAUGGGCAUUUGCAGCUGUAUCCCAGGGACCUGAAUCUCUAAUCAUGAACACUGCAUCCUUCUUGGACCCAACCAUAACACAGCACCAGUUGUCCAGCCAGCUCAGAAACCUUCCUUCCUCACCACUUAGUCAACAGCAUACUGAACUCUUAGAGACCAAGUCUCUCUUUUCUGGUUCAGGAGCAACCACUGGCAAAGCAUUGCCAAGUGAUUUACCUUCACAGCAUCUCCCUCUCUCUGGCUUAGCCAGGUCCUCCCUUCAUAAGCAAUGGCUUCGGGCACAAGAAAUGAGUGAGACCACUCCAGGACACAAGUCUGAUUGGGAAGUGGCUACCUCCAGCAGCACACGCAGCCUAACCGUGGCAAUUCCUGUCAACCUAGAACCAGUGUAUGACUCAGGAGUAUCCUCCAGGAGCAGAUGGGUGACACUUUCACCCAAUGACCCAACUCUUUUCCUUGACUUUGAUUCAGAGGAUUCUGUCUCUGCAACACAACAUCCUUCUAGAUUGACAGUCACCACAGAGAGCUCAUCCUCUCUCCAGCAGUUAUCUGCAGAAGGCUAUUCUUUGGGGGAGGAGGGCAGCAGUGGUAGAUCUCCAGGAGGAUAUCAAAGCACCCAACUGCGAGAGAGGAGAGCAGAAAGAGAAGAGGGCCUGGUUGAGAACAGGGAGGCAGAAGAGAGUAUGCCAGGGCCCGGCGUUGAUCAGAGCUUCAUUCCUCUGAACACAGACAAGCCAGAACCCAGCGAUACCCGAGGGAUGACUAUGACUUAUGUGAUGGUGGCCAGUGUCCUGGGGAUUCUGCUGGCAGUGGGAGGCUUGCUGUUCUACUUGCAUAAAUCCAGGAUCUUAGCAAGGCGGCAACCACAGAGGAAUGACAACAACGUGGAAAGACCAGAAGAAGGAAGGCCACUGAAUAGAGGGGAGGAGCAUAUAGAACUGCAGAUCCAAGAAGAACUAUGAGCUGGACCUUUCUUUCUAAAGAGAAAACCUGUGUGGGGCUUGGAUUAUCAGCCCCCUCUUUUAAAGUUAUGGUCCUCUUAAUACUAUUCAGAGGAAUUUAAAGACUGGAUUUUGAGGAUUGAAGGAGUUGCUCCAGCACUUUCCCACAAAGAGUAUUUUCUCUUUCCCUUUU